UGUAUCAAACCAACAAAUUAAAAGUAGAGAAACACUCAGCACAAGCUCUCAAAAUUCAGUUCAGACACCAUGUGGAAACAGAAACCGAGGAGUUAUAUGUGUGUUACUUCUGUUCCUCUGAUUCUAGUACUUGUAGUGCUAGUGUUGUUGCAAUUUCUGGCUUUAAUGGUAGUAGCCAAAGUAGAGAAUUUUACAAGAUCAGAGUUCCCAGCUGACUUUGUGUUUGGUUCCGGUAGUUCAGCAUAUCAAGUCGUAGAGGGGGCUGCUCGUGAAGAUGGAAGGACACCUAGCAUUUGGGAUAUCUUUGUUCGUGCCAAUAAGGGGGUUUCUAAAGGAGCCUCUGGAGACAUAGCAUGUGAUCAAUAUCACAAAUACAAGGAAGAUGUUCAACACAUGGUAGACACGGGUUUGGAGGCUUACAGAUUCUCUGUUUCCUGGUCAAGACUUAUUCCUAAUGGAAGAGGCCAUGUCAACCCCAAAGGCUUAGAAUAUUACAACAAUCUCAUUAAUGAACUCCUCAAACGUGGAAUUCAACCACAUGUCACACUGCUUCACCUUGAUACCCCGCAAGUUCUUGAAGAUGAAUAUGGGGGAUGGCUUAGUCGGAAAAUAGUGAAAGACUUUACUGCCUAUGCCGAUGUGUGCUUCAAAGAAUUUGGUGACAGGGUUUUGUAUUGGACUACCAUAAAUGAGGGCAACAUAUUUGCCAUAGGUGGUUAUGAUAAUGGACUAGCACCCCCAGGGCGCUGCUCUUUUCCAUUUGGACAGAUGUGUACCGAGGGUGAUUCUGUAACUGAGCCAUAUAUUGCUGGUCAUAACAUGUUGCUGGCACAUUCAUCUGCCGUGAAACUAUACUACAAAAAGUAUAAGGCUGUUCAACAUGGUUUUGUGGGACUAAACAUCUAUUCUUCUUGGUUUUCUCCAUAUUCUAAUGCUACAGAAGAUGUAACUGCAACUCAAAGAGUCAUUGAUUUUUAUAUUGGUUGGUUUAUGCAUCCAAUGGUGUUUGGAGACUAUCCGGACAUCGUAAAGAAGAAUGCUGGUUCAAAGAUACCAGUUCUUACUCCACGUGAAUCUAAGCUAAUUAAGGGCGCAUUUGACUUUAUAGGGCUAAACCAUUAUAACUUAGUCUAUGUCAAGGACAAUCCUAGCAGCUUUGAGAUGAAUGUCAGGGACAUAACUGCUGAUACGGCAGCAAGCUUCUUCCUUGAGCCAGAAGAUGCACCACAAAAUCAGAAUGAUGAUCCAUCAUCCAGUCUAUCUGGAAUUCUGGAGUAUCUCAAGACAGCUUAUGGCAAUCCACCUACUUAUAUCCACGAAAAUGGUCAAAGAACUGAGCGUAAUGGAACACUAUACGACAUAUCAAGGGUGAAAUAUCUGCAUUCAUAUAUCGGGACCUUGCUUGAGGCUAUAAAAAAUGGGUCAAACACAAAAGGGUACUUCCAGUGGUCUUUCUUAGAUGGUCUAGAGUUAUUCGGUGGCUAUGAGACAGGUAGUGGCCUGUACUACGUGGAUUUGGAUGACAAGCAAUUGAGAAGAUACCGAAAGCUCUCUGCAGACUGGUACUACAAUUUCCUCGAGGGUAGAACCAUCAGGCCUGAUGAGAUAACCGAAGUUGAAACUGGUGUCUUUGGUUCAUCAACAUCUAAAGCCUCAGAAUAGUGAUAAUUACUAUAAAGCUUUCAUAUUUUCUUCUGAUUCUUAAUUGCACAACUUUGUCUCUGCAUGACUGUCUUUAAUCAUUAGGAUAAUUUCAUAUACCUCCCUCAA